AUGUCAUCUCACAAGAGUCACACAAACAUCACAGAGACCUCGGAGAAUGUAAGUCUACUCAGCUGCUUGGAUGAGACUUCUGGUGUGCUGGUAGACACAGAGACAAAUUCUGACAUCAAAACGAUGGAUCCAGAAGUGAGUCUGUCACCAAGCAGUGAUGUUACUGGCACUGAAGACAGCAGAGUUUCCAGCCCUCAAAGUACUGAUGAAAAUUCUGGUGACAGUUAUGAGGGUUACGAGGGUGAUGACGAUGGUGAUAAUGAUGAAGAUGAUGAUGAUGAUGACAACAACUCCAAUCUUCCCAGUUUGGAGGACUCUGACAAUUGUAUCAGCAGUUCAGAAAGUUCAUCCAGCCCUCAAGAGUUGGAGGAAGGUGAGGUUGUGGAAGAGCCGAGUCUGGGAAGGCUUUUUCGACACUAUGAGUUGGAGGAUGGUGAGGUUGUGGAAGGGCAGGGAGGGGGAAGCCUAAUCUGUCACUAUGAGCUAGAGGCUGGAGAGAUUGUAGAAGCACAGGAUGUCCAAAACCUGUUCCACCAUUAUGAGUUGGUAGAAAAUGAGGUUGUGGAAGCACCGAGAGUGCAAAGGUUGUUUCCCCUCUAUGAGUUGGAGGCUGGAGAGGUUGUGGAAGCACAGGGAGUGCAAGGUCAUUUCCAUCAUUGUGAGCUAGAGGAAGGUGAGGUUGUGGAAGCACAGACAGCACAAAGCCUGGUCCAGCACUGUGAGUUGGAGGAAAAUGAGGUUGUGGAAGCACAGGGAGUACAAAGCCUGAUCCAGAACCAUGAGUUGGAGGAAGGUGAGGUUGAGGAGGAUGGAGUUGGAAGCUUGUUCCAAAGCCGCCACCAUGUUUUGGGGGCUCGUGAAAUUGUGGAGGAACAGGGACUCGAAAGCCCAUUCCACCACCAUGUGUUGGAGGAAGGUGUGGUUGUGGAUGAUCAGGAAGAGGGCUCUGAGGUACAUGAACAAACCAGUGAGGACAGCAGUGAGCAAUAUGACAUUGAUGAUGAUAGUUCAAUAGAUGAAUGGAUGGCCUUAGAGACAUCUCCUCUCCCAAGACCUCGAUGGAAUGUCCUUAGUGCCCUUCGGGAUAGGGAGCUGGGUUCAAGAGGUCGCUUUGUGUAUGAAGCCUGUGGUGCAAGAUUAUUUGUGCAGCGAUUAUCCCUACAAUAUGUUUUUGAAGGCCAUGCUGGAUGUGUCAACACUGUUCAUUUUAACCAACGUGGCACCCUGCUGGCUAGUGGCAGUGACGAUCUAAAAGUGAUUGUGUGGGACUGGGUUCAUCAACGACCAGUACUGAACUUUGACAGUGGCCACAAAAAUAAUGUUUUACAGGUUAAAUUCCUUCCUAACUGUAAUGAUGCCAUUUUGGCUAUGUGUGGCCGUGAUGGGCAAGUACGAGUUGCACAGCUGUCUACUAUGGCAGGCACCCACAUAACUAAGCGUUUGGUGAAGCAUGCAGGAGCAUCUCAUAGAUUGGGUUUGGAACCAGAUUCCCCCUUUAGGUUCUUAACUUCAGGUGAAGAUGCAGUUGUCUUUAGUAUUGACCUCAGACAAGCCCAGCCAGCCUCAAAGUUGGUGGUAACCAAAGAUGGUGAUAAGAAAGUGGGACUGUAUACAGUGUUUGUGAAUCCUGUCAAUGUCUACCAAUUUGCUGUAGGUGGGCAAGAUCAGUUUGUGAGGAUUUAUGACCAAAGGAAAAUUGAUGAGAAUGUCAACAAUGGAGUUCUCAAAAAAUUCUGCCCUCAUCACCUUCUUAGCUGUGAUUACCCAGCAUACAUCACCUCUCUGAUGUACAGUUAUGAUGGCACAGAGAUCCUGACUAGCUAUAAUGAUGAAGAUAUUUAUAUCUUCAACGCUUCUGAUAGUGAUGGAGCUCAAUAUGCUAAGAGAUAUAAAGGACACAGAAAUAAUGCCACAGUGAAAGGUGUACAUUUCUAUGGCCCAAGAAGUCAAUUUGUGAUGAGUGGUAGUGAUUGUGGGCAUAUCUUCAUUUGGGAAAAAUCAUCCAGCCAGAUAGUUCAGUUCUUAGAGGCAGAUGAAGGAGGAACAAUAAACUGUAUUGAUCCCCAUCCUUACCUACCUGUACUGGCAUCCAGUGGGCUAGACCAUGAAGUCAAGAUCUGGUCACCCAUAGCUGAACCUUCCAAGAAGCUUGCUGGCUUAAAGAAUGUGGUUAAAAUUAAUAAGCUGAAACGAGAUAAUUUCACCUUGCACCACACUUCCCUGUUUGACAACCACAUGCUUUGGUUUCUUAUGAGUCACCUAACACAGUCAAAUUACCAACGCAAUUGGAGAGGUAUUAGAAUUAAUGUUGGAGGAGGACAUUUCAGUGACUCUUCCAGCAGCUCUGUUGAGGAAGAAAACCAACAAGAAUCACAGUGCCAGGCUUCUUAA